AUGUAUGGAAUUCAAGAUGGCUCAAGAGGGGUCACUUCCACUGAGCUCAGGAAAGUGAAACUCACCCAGUUACACUGCCCAGAGGGAGCCAUGGCUGCAGAGAGCCCCUUGGAAAGUCUCCAGAAUGAAGCUGCUUGUCCCAUCUGUCGGGAGCUUUUUAAAGACCCAGUGAUUAUAGGCUGUGGGCACAGCUUCUGCCGAGUCUGCAUCACCCAGUGCUGGGAAGGAUCCGAUACGAAUUUCACCUGCCCCCAGUGCAGAGAAACAGUUCAGCAGAGAAACCUCAGGCCCAACAGGCAGCUGGCAACUGUCCUAGAAAUAGCCAAAGGGCUGAGUUUCCAGGCAGCAAAGGGAGCAGGAGGGGAGAGGAUGUGUGGGGAGCACCAGGAGCCUCUCAAGCUGUUCUGCGAGGAGGAUCAAACUCCCAUCUGCGUGGUGUGUGACAGAUCCCGGGCUCACCGAGCUCACACAGUCAUUCCCAUAGAGGAGGCUGCACAGGUGUGCAAGGAAAAGAUUCAGGCCCAUUUAGAGACUCUGCGGGAAGAGAGAGAAAAGCUGCUGGGAUUUCAAGUGACUGGAGAGGGGAAAACCCAGGAAUAUCUGAUCCAGACACAAGCCGAGAGGCAGAAGAUUAUGUCUGAAUUUCAGCAACUGCGGCAGUUCCUGGAGGAACAAGAGCGACUCCUGCUGGCCCAGCUGGAGAAGCUGGACAGAAAGGUUGUAAAGAUACAGAAUGACAAUGCCAGCAAACUCUCUGAGGAGAUUUCCCGUCUCAGUGAGCUGAUCAGUGAGCUGGAGGGGAAGUAUCAGAAGCCAGCGAGUGAAUUCCUGCAGGACUUCAGAAGCACCUUGAGCAGGUGUGAGGCGAGGAAAUUCCAGCAGCCAGUGGAGAUUUCUCCGGAGCUAGAGAAGAGACUCAGUGAUUUCUCCCAAGAAAAUAUUGUUUUAAUGGGGACACUGAGGGAAUUCAAAGACACUCUGCUAUCUGAACCGGAGACAGGCGCACACAGACAGGGUAAGAUUGCAGGUGCAGGUUAUCUUUAAAAAAGAAGAAAAUUCCCAUGAAAACAUUUCCAUUAAUUUGAAGCUAAAGUUUCCAGCCAAACCAACCAAACAUUAACUGCUAAGGAAAUCCCAAGCUAAAGUCACACAAACAGUCCUUACACCACCCUUAGUGCUCAGUUCAUGCCCACACCGGUGAAUAGAAACAGAUACUGACCAACAUCCAAACACCCUUAACUCUGACCCUGGGGUUUUCAUAGAUAUUCAUAGGCCUUUUCAAUAUUAAAUUAAGAGGAAUGUGGAGAAAGCACUCUCCCCUUAGGACAGAUACACCCCUCUCCUUUACCCUGGCAGAGGGGGUCUCCCCCAUAGCUCUUCUCCAACAUCCAACCUUUGCUUAGGUCAGGGCUGGGCUCUCCCACUGGAGCGACUCACUGCUUCAUGGAUUGUGCUCUGAAAUUCAGAUAAAAAGAGGGAAAUCUCUAGGCUCAUACAGACCAGGUGAGAGAUUUCAGGAGAGGUUAACUUUCAUUUCAGAGAAAAAAAUGCAUGAAAACACUUUUAUAAACGAGUAGCUAAAGACACAAACCAAACCAACACCCAAUGUGACACUCCCCCACCCCCAAGAAAUAAAAAUACAAACUUGAAAUGUGGUGGCGAUCCCGCGCUGAAGUCACACAAACAAUCCUGCCACCAGCCUUUGCACUGAGUCCAUGACCAGACACACUCGCCCCGAGCGACACUCAAAUGCCCUGGUGUUUCCAUACCCGUCCAUGUGCCCUCUGCUUUUCCCUGAGCGAGGGGCUCUCUCCCAUGGCUUUUCACCAGCAUCCCUCCUUUCUCUUCUGCUGGGCAGGCUGAGCUCCCCAGUUCUUCCUCCGCUAGAGAUGCAGUGUUCCUCUGACGCUGCCACCUCCUCCCUUCUCUCUUCCCAAGGCCACCCCCCAUUGACCACUCUCUGGGCUGGAGUGGUUCUGCCCCAAUGCCCUGUCCCCUCCUCUUCUCCCAGGCCAGGGACAGGAGGAUGGGCUCAGUGAACUGCUUCC